AUGGUGAUGUACGGGACUUCCGACGCUUUGAUGUGCAGGGCAUUCCCAACAACCCUGCGGGGGCCGGCUCGCGUGUGGUACAACAGCCUGAAGGCCGGGACCGUCGCCUCCUUCGACCAACUCGCCAAAGAUUUCGAGCUUAACUUCCUGGCUUACGCUCGACCAAAGCCAUCCGUGGAGUUGCUCUUCGGACUCAACCAAAGGGAGGACGAGCCCCUCUCCCUCUUUGUGAACCGCUUUACGACGGAAAUUCGCGGGCUGUCGGAUGCUCACCCCUCUCUGUUGAUGCAGGCAUUCAUGACAGGCUAG